GUUCCCUGUUUUCUUUUGUUUUUUAAAGCUCUCAGAUGGAAAAGAAGCACUGUCAUUUUUGACAACGGGAGUGAGAAACUGCUGCAUAGGAAGUGUGAGUACUUGCCACUGGCUUUGUGUCAAGGUGUAAAGAGGGUACGUACAUGUGCUUUAUUAGAAAUAGCUCUCUCCAAUCUUGUCCAUUGAAGUCAUACUUCAGAAUCAACUCUGGCUUGAUGAGAAACUAGGAAAAGCAUCAGUAAAGCAAAAUGGAACUGCCACAACAAAGUAAAUAUCAGCUUCAAACAACAGUAGACAACAACGAGAUCCCUCAAAACAUUACUCAUGGCUACACUGGUUUAAGAAAUCAGGGAUCCACAUGCUAUCUGAAUGCAGUGCUGCAAACUCUGUUCAUGACAGAAGAGUUCAGAAAUGCUGUGGAAAGUUCACAGGAUAAGAGUGAACUUUCCUCUGAACUUGCACAUUUAUUUAAGGAGUUGAAGUCUGGCAAAAAAAGUGUCACAACUGAAAAUAUAACAGAUGUUCUAAACAUUGGAAAUGUUAAUGAACAGCAGGAUGCAGAAAAAUGGUUCCUGAGGAUACUGAAUAUGGUCAGUUCUGAUAUGUCUAAGACUUUUCAGGGAAUAAUGGAGUACACCACCAUCUGCAGGAAUGAACACACUUCUAUGGUGCAAACAGAUCAUUGUUUUUCUAUUGACAUUUCAGUGGAAUCACAUUCUCCUAUAAAUGUGGAAUACUGUUUUGAUUCAUUGUUUGAACCAGUCUCCAUGUGUGGAGAGGACCAAAUAUACUGUAAAACCUGCAAAAACAUGAUGAACAUGGAAACUAACUGCAAGAUAAAGAAAUUUCCACCAGUUCUGGUUCUGCACCUGGAAAGAUUUGAAUUGGACUAUAACGCCAUGUAUUACAGGAAGAACACUUCCAGAGUGGAGAUUCCUUUGCAAUUAUCCGUAAAGGGAGAGAGGGAUGUAUGCCAGUAUGACCUGUAUGCUGUUGUUAAGCACACUGGUUCUCUCAGGAGUGGACACUACUUUGCUGACAUCAAGUCAUUUGAGGACAAGAAGUGGUAUCGAUUUAAUGACUGCUCUGUAUAUAUGAUUCCAGACUUGAAAGACCAAAAAGCCUGUGAUGAGGCAUACUUACUUUUGUACAAAUGUAAGUAA